AUGCGUGGACAGCGGAGGCCUCGUGGGGCCGCCUUAAAGCCUAAACUUGGAGAGCAGGUCGACCUAGCGGCGUGUAAAGACACUAGCAAGCCCACUCGAAAGAUCCCAGUGUACUUGUAUGAAGACGCCUCUCGACCAUUCAUCGAAGACUAGUUACUACAAAAAGCACGGGGCUUGUUCGUGCUGUCAACUGGCAAGAGUACUGAAAAGAGGCAACAAACAUUAUUUGCGGUGCCCAUUUGCGGUUGGAUUGCGGUGCGGGCCUGCAGCACUAGUUAGCGCCGGGCUGCCGUACCAUCGAGGCCAAAAAAAUGGCUGCCCUCGCCCUCGCGUCGUCCGAGGCAGACGACGUCUUCGAGGCGGUCGCCGCGCACCUGCGCCGGCCGCCGUUUUCGAAAGGGCACACGGCCCAAGACCUGCGCGACGGCCGGGACUUGAAAACUCUACUCUACGAGGUCUGCGCCGACAUCGACGCCGCGCGCGCGCCGCGCGACGCGGCGGACGCCGCCGCGCUGCUCGCGGUGCUGGGCGCGCCCGUCGACGAAGAGACCACGGCCCGCGACAUCCAGGAGAGCGACCGCGGGACGAUAAUCGCGAGCCUCCACUGGUGCCUGCGCGACCGCGCGGCACAUAAGAAGCGCAUCUACGACGCGCGCCUCGCGCUGCCGAUCCGCGCCGUCGCCGCCGCCGCGGCGCCGCGAGAAAUUAAGGGCGCCUCGACGCUAGCAUUUCGCGCAAUCAAGGCCCAGGCCGGCAAGGCGCGGCCGCCCCUCGGCGACGCGCCUUUAAUAGAACGCGUCGUCGAGGUCGGCGUCCCCGAGGCCUGGGACGCGGCGCAGCUGCUGACGAUCGCGACGACGGACACGCGGGAGACGCGCCUCGCGCCGAAGCGCACCGUGGCGCAGCGCUGGGCCGCGGCCGUGCGGCGCCUCGCCGGCGCGACGAAGAAGCACCGGCGGCCGCCGUCCGAGGCCAUCCACCCGACGGAGCCCGGCGUCGUCAUGCCGCGCGCGCUCUGGGCCUUCCCGCGCCAGGCUGACGACCUGACGGACGACGUCGCGCCGUUCUGCUUUCCCGCGGGCCUGAAGGUCGAGCGGGGCGCGGGCCCGGCGCCGGCCGCGCGGCCCGCGGGCGAGCCGUUCGUGUUCGUGCUGCGCGGCGGCGGCGGCGCGGGCCAGGCGCCCCUCUACGGCGUCUGCGCGCGGGAGACGUUCGGGCGGCCGCUGCGCGACGGCCACGCGGUGCUGGCGCGCUGCGUCUGCGUGCUGACGAAGCGGCCGCUGCUUUUAGAUUUGCACGUCGCGGUGCUGCGCGACGCGCUCGCCGAGACGCGGGCCGCCGACGACGCCACGCGGCGCCUGGCGCUCCGCGAGAUCUUCGGCCGCUACCAGCGGCUGGCCGUCCCGCGGCCCGGCGCGCGUAUAAGCUUCGCCGUCGCGAAAGAGACGCGGGAGCUGGCCGUGCCGGGCCCCGACGACGCGCUGACGUACCUCGGCGACGGCUGGCGCCGCGCGACGCCGGCGCUCGCCUGGACGCGGCGCGACUACGGGGCCAUCGCGGCCGCGGGGGCGACGAGCGUGCCCGAGCUUUUUAGGAGGCUGCCCGCGCGGACGGCGCUGCGGGCGCUGGCGGCCGUGCUCUGCGAGCUCCAGGUCGUCGUCGUCGCCGCGGCCCCGGAGGCCGCGGCGGCCUGCGUCCACGGCCUGACGGCGCUGGCCCGGCCGGUUUUGGUGGUGGGCGCGCGCGCGCCCGUGCUGCCGACGCAGCUCCACGCGCUCCUCGAGGCGCCGGUGCCCUUCCUCGUCGGCGCGCCGCGGACGGAGACCUGGGCGCGCUCUCUGGAAAGCAGCGUGCCGCGGCCCGGUUUAUUAAUCGUCGACGCGGACCGCGGUUCAUUAGCUUACCACCCCGACGACGCGGACCUCGUGGAGCUGCCCGAGGCCGAGGCUGUGGAAAGUGCCAUCGAGGAGAUGGUAGGGGCCUGCCGGCGCGGCGACGACCGCGCGGGGCGCCACUGCUGUAGGGUGGUGGGCCGCCACGUCGCGAAGCUCUGCGGCGCCGCGAAGCCCUUCGAGGCGUCGACGUUCGGGAGGACGCGGCGCGCGAUCUGCGAGCGCGCGCGCGGCCGCGAGUCGUUGGAAUUUGCCGAACUUGUCAAGAGGGAGCUUGGCGACGCCCGCGAGCGGCGCUCGGUGCGCGACCUGCGCGAGAGCGUGGGCCACGCCUUCGACGCGCGCGCUUCAGUAAACUGGGCGCGCGCGUCGACGAAUCUGGAUUUGCGGGCGUCCAUCAAGGCGGACCCGCUGCGGAAGGCCUUCUUCGAGCGCCUCGCGGAGAGCCAGGCCUACGCCGUCUACCGCGAGAACUUCCCCGACCGGUUCGCGGAGUCGUCCCCGGCCGGCGUCGAGGAGGACUUGGAACCGGUAAAGGCUCUGUGCGAGACCGCGUGGCGGCCGGCGUCUCCUGGGCCUGCUACGCCGUCGCGGUCGCCCUCGUCGGCGUUCGGCGACAUCUCGCCGCUGACGUUUUGUGCGAGUCCGAGAUAAGGUUGAUUUCUGUUCUUCUUUCUUUUAG